GACGACUCCUACAUACCCAAGCAAUUGAGGACACGCAACCACGUCUGUUGAGUGUGCUACUGCUACUAUAUAAAAGACGAGGUGCUGGGGCUGAGCCUCUUCAGUUGAGUGUGCUCCAUCACCAAGCAAAGCAACCUCGCUCGCUCUCCCAAUCAUCCUUAUCAGAUCAUCUUCUUCCAAGAUGUCUUGCAGCUGCGGAUCAAGCUGCAACUGCGGCUCCAGCUGCAACUGCGGCAAGAUGUACCCUGACCUUGAGGAGAAGAGCAGCGGCGGUGCUCAGGCCACCGUCGUCCUCGGCCUGGCCCCGGAGAAGAAGGCCGGCCACUUCGAGGCGGCGGCGGAGUCCGGUGAGACCGCCCACGCCUGCAAGUGCGGCAACAGCUGCACCUGCGACCCCUGCAACUGCUGAUUUGGAUGGGGAACGUACACACCUGCGUGCAUGCUAGCUACUGCCUACUCUGCUUGUGUGUGACUUGAUUGAACAAGAAUAAGGAUGAGCCUGAGCCAACGUGCCCGAUGUAUCGGUUUGGCUCCGGCCUCAUCCAGCAUGCAUGCGUCGUCUGCCCUUAUGUGUGCUUUGCUACCUCCUUAUUACCUUGUGCUUGGCGUCCGUCAUGUAUCUGUAUGUGUCUGUAUGUGUUGAUCAUUGCAAAUAAACCAUGCAGGCAUGAUGCAUCUCUGCAUGUGUCUCUGUAAUGAUCGGUCCAGAGUGAUGAAUAUAUAAAACUGGUUUGCUUUACCUGCCUA